AUGAUGCGCGUGGGAGGAACGAGAGGAACCAUGCAGCAGUGCAUAGCAGAGAUCGAAGAUAGCGCCCUGCCUCAGGAUUUCAAGCUCAAGCAGGUUCGGUCGCUCGUGCGGUACAUGCGUGAGGUCGACGGACUGGUGAGAGGCAUCAACUCGGAGAGCGGUUUUGAGGCUGACUGCACCGCGUACCUGGAGAUUCUCUGCACGAAGGAAGAAUCGGAGCUCAACCGUCGGGUCAGCUGCACGAGAGUGCUCAAACAGGACUUCGACGAGAAGCGAAGAGAAUGGCGAAGAACGAAAAAAAAUGUCAUCAACGCAAUUAGCGAGAUGAGCGCGAGGGCCCUCAAAUUCGAGUGCAGCGAGAAAAAGACCAUCGCUCUACACGCGAUCCAGUUCUACAAGAACGUGAUGGCCAAUGAUAAUGGAGCCAUACCUGGAGAGAGCGAGAGCACGGAUGGCCUGAUAGACCAGUACCGCAGGCACCGGGACGAGAUCUCCAAGAUUCCAUUCUACGCAGAUUCAAUAAUGAAAAUGCUAAAGGACAUUCGGCGGACCGUCAACGCCUCUGCGAAGCUCCAGCCAGGGAGCAAUGCCUUCACACAGUUCCUCGAUGAGUGGUGGGCAUCUGUGGUGGAGUUUCUCGAGCAGUCUCCCAUCGUCGAUGCCGAGAGAAACGCGCGAGAGGUCAUGCAGACUCUGAAAAAGCUCAAGGGGAAGCAAGAAGAGUUCAAAAAGCGAGAGAUGUCCCGCCUUAUGAACAAACUCGAAGCUCAAGACAAGGCAACGCCUCCCAUGACGCCCGCCAGCGAAGCGGUAGUGAUCCUGGACGAUUCCGUCAACCCGGAAGACACCGUACGGUGGAACGAGAAGGCUCGGCCUGACGAUGAGGAAGGAAGCGUUCUGGAAGAAGGAGACACUGAGCACGACUACGAUGGGCAUGACGAAGCUGUGGAUGAGCUGUCAGAGCUUGGGCACGGAGGCGUAGACGACAUGAGUCAGUGGUCAGAGUGUAGCCCUUCGCGAAGCGAGGCUUCACUGACGCCCCGUCGACAACUUGCCGAGCGUGGGAGGGAGCGUGGCUUCACAACUAGUAUGGCUACUAUCCCGGACAACGCGGGGAACAUGAGUGUUGCCAGCUGGGACGUGGGAAGUGAGCCCACUUUGGGUACAGACGGCGGCACGGACCAGGAUAUCGCUGCAGCGUCUGGUCUCCCAGAAGACGAGAGCGAAGACGACGAUGACGAGGAGGAUGACGAGUUCGAAGUGGCUGACAGUCUCGAUCUGGGCGCAGUGGCACUUUGCGCGGUCGAGACCGGGGCAGAUGGUCAGCAAACGUAUCAAGACACAGCACGCACCCCCCAGGCCAUGCGGCACCUGACGAACAAGCUUGGCGUCGAGCAGCAACGCUUCUCCGCUGCUCUGGACUACUUCAGGCAAGAGCAGCGCACCAAGGGAAGGCGGCCGGUGAUGCCUCCUCCACCUCCGAGUGCGUCUCGCUCCAAGACUCUCGCAACCAGAGGGCGACACACGCCACGAAUCGGCAAUACGCGGGGGAGGAGAGUAUCCCAAGGUGGCAACGGGAAAAACCAACGGCCAGGCCUGAGGGAUGUAACGUUCAAGCAGACCAGCACAACCAGCAGUGCCGUGUAUCGGUCGCACUCCCUGUACGUGUCGAGCACCUCGUCCACACGUGUGCAAGGGGCUGCCUCGGCGCGGAAGAGGACCAACACCAUCAUCCGUUCCAACUCGACAAAUCUUGACAUCGACCACCAGAGCUAA